AUGCUCAAGGGACCUUCAUUACAGCAUUUCAUCGUUCGGGCCGAGAUGAUCCAGGCCUACAGAUCAGCAGUGAGAGCUACCAGGCCUCUACCUGAUCCAAAUACACGGCGAGAAACAUUAGAUUUCCUUCGAGCAGAUUUAGAGAGAUUGAGAGGUGAAUACGAUUUGAACAAGUUGAAAUCCAAUUUAUCACACUUCAAUCGUACCCUCAAACAGAUGUUACCUUCCAUAGGACUUAAUGGAUUGACAAGCGAUCAAGUAGGAAAGGGAACAAGGUUGAUAGGGCAGAAAAGUACUGUCAAAGAUUUGUUAUCGUAG